AUGCAGUACCAGCCGCCGGGCGCGGCGCCGGCGGCCCUGGGCGUCGGCGUCCCGCUGUACGCGCCCACGCCGCUGCUCCAGCCCGCGCACCCCACGCCCUUCUACAUCGAGGACAUCCUGGGCCGCGGCCCCGCCGCCGCCCCGGCCCCCCACUCCCUGCCUGCCCCGCCGCCGCCGACUCUGCCGUCGCCCAAUUCCUCCUUCACCAGCCUGGUGUCCCCGUACCGGACCCCUGUCUACGAGCCGACCCCCGUCCACCCGGCCUUCUCCCACCACCUCGCCGCCACCUACGGCACCGGCGCCUACGCCGGGCCCCUCUACUCCUUCCCCCGCGCCGUCGGCGACUACGCGCACGCCCUGAUCCGGCAGGACCCUCUGGGGAAGCCGCUGCUAUGGAGCCCCUUCAUCCAGCGGCCGCUGCACAAGAGGAAAGGGGGGCAGGUCCGCUUCUCCAACGACCAGACCAUCGAGCUGGAGAAGAAGUUCGAGACGCAGAAAUACCUGUCCCCGCCGGAGAGGAAGCGCUUGGCCAAGAUGCUGCAGCUCAGCGAGAGGCAGGUCAAAACGUGGUUUCAAAAUCGCAGAGCCAAAUGGAGGCGCUUAAAGCAGGAGAAUCCCCAGGCCACCAAAAAAGAAGAAGUGGAAGGUGCUGACAGUCACGGUGACCAAAGGCCGGAGAGCUGCCAGACUCCUGAGCAGAAGGGUAAGGAGGUCUCUCUGGAUGGCUCGCAGUACACCCCCUCGCCGGCCUCCCAGGAGGACCUGGAGUCAGAUGUCUCUGAUGACUCUGAUCAAGAAGUGGACAUUGAAGGCGAUAAAGGCUAUUACAAUCCUACCCAUUAACAGCCCCAUGCAGAGAGUGGACCCUAACUUGGCUUGCACUUUACCAGGGGCUGGUUUGAAAGAAUAUUAUGCUACAGGAGAAAACUUUCACCGUUAAACUGAAAGAAAAGCAUCACCAAAUAGACUCGUUUUAUAAUAAGCAGAGAAAGAAAGAUGUAUUUUCCGCAAACAAUCCAGUUUUGGAAGAUCUCUAGUUUGGUUAAAGGAACAUGGUUUGUAUUUAAUUAUUUGUAAGAUAUAUUUGUACAAUAAUCAAUGUUCUAACUGGAAUAUAAUCCUGCACCCUGUCCUUAAGGUGGCGGGGGUCGGGGUGUGUCUGAAUCAGCUGCUGGUGGUGAUCAGGCAAAACUCUCUAACUAGUGUGGAAGUGAGUAUGGAUUGCAGGAUGAAGCCCUUUGUAUGUGUAAACAAAUGUCAUUUAAAUAGAUUAAUUUAAACGCCCUUCACAAGCAGAGAAACAUGUUCUGUGAAAUAGGGAGGGAUUUGGCCAUCCCAAGAAGUGCCUUAUGCUCACACCCUUUUAUAUGCCGUGGUGCUCUCUACUGAGACAUGCCUCCAUUUGUCAGGUAGAGUCUUUGGACAGAUUCAUUUUUCCUCUCGUGUGAGAUGAAAUGUGCCUUCUCAGAUUUUUGAGAACUUUGCCUCACAGACUGAAUGGUUCCAAUUGCAGAAUAAAGCCCCACCCAAACAAACAUCUUUUUCUCCUUUAAAAUCUCUAGCACUAGUUUUUUAUGGAUUUCGUAUUUGAGAAGAAAGUGCAGGGAGCGAUGGGGCCCUGCUGCAGGAGAGAAACUGGCAUCAGGUGUGGGGGUUAAGUGGGAAGAUAAUGCCUAUCAUAUACAUAUCUGCUUCUGUACAUACUUGUUUUCUUUAAAAGUCUUGCGGUUUUGUACCUCACGUUGUUCAUAUUUUGUACAUAUUUGUUCAUUGUUAAAAAAAAGGCAAAACCUGAUAUUUAAUUUUUGAUGGACAUGUCUGUGAAAUAAACCUAAACUCUGCACCACC